ACGUCAAAACGGGCUGUUCGCCACAGAGUACGUUGUUUAUAAGAUCAGAAGUCUGAAAGUUGAAAGUUUAAACUGUUCAUAAAAAAUAUAUACAAUGAAGUCAUGAUUCCACCACUGAAAAGGGACUUUCCUUAUUUUUUGUGCUAUUUUAAGUAAGCGAAGAUGGAAGUAACUAGCGGUGCCGAAGAAGGUUUCGUAAGAGAAUGGACACCGUGUUCACAUAUUCUGAACUUGAUUCCUCCUAGAAUUCAGACUGGAUUAUUUUCGAAUGAAUUGUGUUUGACUUGUGUGGAUGCAGUAAGCGAAUAUAUUGCUCUCGGUACAAAUGUUGGCCUAGUCUACUGGUAUGAUAGGAAAAAAGGGAACAUUCAGCGACUAAGAUGCGAGGCCUCAACAUCUCCUAUUACUUAUGUCAAGAUUGUCAGCACUGUGGAUUAUAUGGUAGGAGCUGGAAAUGCCGCAGGACAAGUGACAGUGUUUCAGAUCCCAAAGGAACAUCCUGAAAAUUUACCUGACACUUUCAAACCGAAAGUCGAACCCAAAGUAGAAAGGUACACAAUAGGCGACUUGCACAAAAGCAAAAUAACGGCGAUAGAAUGGUCGAAGAAUGGAAUGCGAUUGUUUUCCGGGGACAAGAACGGAGUGAUCAUUAUGACUGAAAUCGACUUCUACAUGCAUUUAUGCAAGUCUAUGGAGAUAGUGAACGAACAGCACGAGAUAGUCCAAAUGAGCUACUACCAGAACACACUGCUCGUGUCGAGCGUCUACCGGAGCAUCGUGUGCGAGCGACGCGACAACCGCUGGCACGUCACGCAGCUGGGCAAGAAGGAGCGGAAGAGCCUGUGCGCGCUGGGCGCCGUGUUCCAGUACUCGUACGCGUGCGGCGGCGCGGCGGCGGCCUACUGCGCGCGGCCCGGCCUGCGCCUGUGGCGCGCCGACCUCGCGGGCCACGUGCAGCAGACGCUGCUGUUCAAGGAGGCGAUAUCGAAUCCUCUCACGGUGGCCGAGUUACUCAACCCGUCUCAGAAGAAGCAUUCGCACGCAGAGCGGGAAUACAACUUCGGGCCCCUGUUCGUGUUUCGCGAGCACUUCCUCGUGUCGCACAACGAGCACGUGCUCUACAUCCUGGACCCGCGCUCUCUGACCGCCGUGGCGGUCGUGGACGACCUCCGCAGGAUCCUGUCGGUGUCGGUGAGCAAGGACGAGAUCUUCGUGCUGGAGGGCGAGCGCUCGCUGCUGCGGCUGGCGCACGCGCCGGAGCCCGCCGCGCUCGCCACAGACGAACCGACGAACCUCAUGACGAAGUCGCUCACGACGUCGCUGCAGCACGCCGUCAACACCGUGCGCGACCUCACGCACCUCGACCAGACCGUCCCCUACAUCAGCAGCGUGCUGGAGCAACCCAUCUCCAUGUUCACGCGCAACGAGACCCUCGACGCCGGCCUCGUCGCCCCCGGGGAGGAGUGCUUCGAGCUGCCCCCCAUCAAGCACCUCCCGCUCGACAUAUCGGACAACGUGCUGGAAUCCAUUAUUAACGAGUUCAAGGACGUGUCAAGCGACGCGGAGGAGAUCCGACGGGUGAAGUCCGAGGAGCUGCAGAAGAAGCUCAAACUGUACAACAGCAUCAUGGAGAAGAAAUAUGACGAGGAGCUCAUACACAGCAGUCGCCGGAGCCGCAGGAAGGAGUCCGGCUCGGGACCGACCACCCCGCGAGUGGCCACGCCGGUCCGGAAACCGGACUGCGUCAGCUACACCAGCCCUUGUGUCAUGAAUAUCUCUGUUUAUGGUAACAUACCACAGCAAAAUGACGAUCUUUUGGAGCAACAGAUUGAAGAGAAGGAGAAAAUUCUCGCAAAAAUGCUGAAUUUAGAAUCUCUAAGUAUUAAAAGUCCUGUCGUGAAAGACGUUAAAAGUGACUUCAUUACAAACCCGAAAAAGCAAGACUUUGAUAAACCAGUACAGCCUCCGCGUGAAUUUUCAACGCAACCAACAGAAAAACCGAUAGCCGACAAACCAGUGUCGAAAAUCGAACCAGCCCAGAAGAAAAUCGAACCUGGAGAAUUAGUUCCUAAAGUUGUAAAAAUGCCCAAUAACUGGAAUUUAGAAAAUAUUGAAUUAAAAUUAGACAUAAAGAACGGCGUUAAAGACGCAACUAGUCUCAUAUCACCUGACGACCAUUUGGACAGCGAAUGGGAAGUCAUAUGAUACUUUAAUACAUUCGCUAAGGAUUCAAAGCCACGCGAUGCUUAAACACGCUUUAACAUGCAGUUCAUUUCAAGGGAAGUUGGAAAAUAAAAAUUAUAGAAAACAAUAAAAAUCCACAAUUGCACGCAAUAAUCGCUCACUGUAAAAGGAAUUAGAUAAAUUGAAAAUCAGUGAGAAAACACUUACGUGUACAUAUUAGGUUUCGAAUUUUUAUUUUAAUAUUAUUAAACGGAAUGGAUGUAGAAAUAGAUUAAUAAUCGGAUCAUUUCACUUAGAUACUAGAAAAUAUAAAAAAAAAAGAUUUAGUUAUGGUUUUCGAAAGUUUUGGAGUAUCACUUUUAAUCAGAGAAAUCAACGUGUUAGAUGCUUUGGUAAUUUUUUAAUAAUGUAAUGAUGUAUCAAGUCAAUGUGAUCUAUACGUUUGAAUGAAAGAAAAGAGAGCCAUGAACGAACAAAAGAACGAAGUGAGAAAGUGUUUUGUUGACUGUACUGUAAAGUUCUAACACUUUAUCGAUUUAGGUGUGCAAUUAAUGGUUUUUUUUUAUUUAUAUUUUAUAAUUGCUGGCAAAUACUUUUGCGAUAAGUCAUAAAAAAUCUUUAAUAACCUUCCCAGGAUUUGUGUACAAAUUCCAAUAAAUUGAACAUGCAAACGAUACGUACUAUAUUAGUCUAUAAUUAAAAGCACGGAAUACAUCACAGAUAGCUUACACACGCAAAGUUCCCAAAAUUAUGAAAGCAUUUUGCUCUUCAAGUAAAUGAUCAAAUAAACAGUACAAAGUAUUCACGAGAAGCUAAUAAAUGGUUGAUGUUGAUCAUCUCGAAGACCAUAUUCGUUUUAAGUUGAUUAGUAUUUAUUUUAUAGUUAUUAAUAAAGCUAUAUUUAUUUUUGAUUACACAAUGCCAUUCAAGUAUUACCGGUGUUCGAGCAUUUUGUUAUAUAUAUAACUAUAGUUACAUAAGUGGCAACAUUCAAAUAUUUCAUUUGAUGCUUACGAAAUUUAUUUUUCUAUUAAAACACUCGCCUAGUGUUUUUAUGUCUUUUUUAUAUUUUAUGUAUGGUUAUUUAUCUUAUUGUAUGAACAUAGUAUGUGCUUAUAAAUAAAUGAGUCGUUGUCCAAAUUAUUUGUUAUUUGUUCAUGCAGCACGUUUUACAUCAAGUAUAGAAAGUAAAUUGUUUAAUAACAGUAGUGCCUGUUAUAAUUAUUUAUAUUUAAACUCAAGUUGGUCACAUAGAGGGCGACAAUAGAUGCUGUUCUGUAACGGCCUCUUCGUUUGUACGCUACGAAACGAUCGCUGCCUUAUUUAUAAUAACAGAUUAAAAUAAAUUAAUGUCAUUAUAUCUGUCAACUUUUUACUGUCACGAAGAUGAACGUACGGUACGUUGGUCAAAUUUUUACGUGGCGCCAUCUGUAUCCAUCUUAAGUAAUUGAUUUCUAGAAAUAUUUGUGUAUGAAAUAAUUAUCUCUUUUCAAGUGUCACAUAAAAAUGUUAUGAAGUAUCAAUCACCUGCAUUUUAUAUCAAAUAUUGUUGUAUGGAUAAAUUAUUUGUGAAACUGACUCUUAGGUAUUUUUCAAUGGGCGCUACCCAUCCGGUUCAAACGUUUAAUGUAAAUCUUGAAUCUCCAAAGAGGUGUAAUUCUUUUCUGUCAUUUAUGAACAUUCCAUACUGAUAUUUUUACUUAUCUACAAUUGUGUCUUAUAACCAUCCAAAUAAUAUAAUUCUGUAUGUGUAGAUAUAAAAUGACCUUUUUAUGUAUGCAAAAAUAGGUUU